AUGGAUAUGCAUAAGAGAAGGAAGAACUUCAUGGAAACCAGCAUUAACAAAUCAAAGGAGCUUUUGAAAAGCCUGGACCAUGGCCAUGUUUCAGAUAUCAGUAUGUCAGAAGUUAACAAAGAUCUUGUGGCAUCAAUUAAGGAAAAACUCGAAGCGAUUACAUCUUUGAAAUCCAUCUUCAGGGUCCCUAGGAAGCUUCUACAAGCAAACCAGAAGGUGUACGUCCCUACUAAAGUGUCAAUUGGACCUCUUCACCAUGGUAAGGAAAAUCUCAAAGAUAUGCAAGAUCAUAAGUGGCAUUACCUCUACACCUUGCUCAGCCGCGAGCCGAACAUGGAAGCAAGUUUGCAUGAAUGUUUGAAGGCAUUGAGAGAGUCAGAGAAGACAGCACGGAAUUUCUAUGCAGAAGAACUCAACCUCACAAGUGAUGAAUUUGUGGAGAUUAUGUUACUUGAUGGUUGUUUCAUCAUUGAGCUUUUGUUGAAAUAUGCUAUGAAGAGUGUGAGACGCCUUGCUGACCCCAUAUUCGCCACGCCAAGGUUGCUAUAUGAUAUCCGGUGUGACUUGAUCUUAUUAGAAAACCAAAUACCAUUGAUCAUUCUUCAAAGGUUGUUUGAGAUUGUACCCAUUCCAGUGAAAUGCAAUCGUACCCUCCCGGAACUUGCAAUCUUUUUCUUUAGAAACAUGCUGCCAGGAGACAGGGAAUGUGUUACUAUGAGGUUUGGACAAGAAGGUAAUCAUUUGCUUGACUUAUUCCAACAGUGUUACCUACCAACCUAUGCAAGGGCGCAGUCGAAAAAACUCCCGACUGUAGAGGAUCUCAAGUAUAUCUGUGCCACCAAGCUUCGGAAGUAUGGCAUUAAGUUGAUGAGGUUCACAGCCAAGAGCUUGUUAGAUAUAGAUUUUCACAAUGGUGUUCUUGAAAUUGCUCCACUCGUUACUCAUCAAUUCACGGAAAUACUGUUCUCAAAUCUGAUAGCAUUGGAGCAGCAUCAGAAAGAUGUUCAGCCAUUCACUUCUUAUGCGUUCCUAAUGAAAAACAUCAUCAGCGAUGAAAAUGAUGCGAAGCUUGUUCGCCAUCUAAGGAUUGUCGCGAGUGAGAAGGGCACGGAGAAAAAUGUUUGUGAUCUAUUUAAGGGGCUUUGCGAGGGAGUGGAAUAUGCGGCGGAAAAGUUCUAUUUUGCGGGGCUUCAUGAACAAAUAACAGAGUAUAACACAAAUCGAAGAUCAUGGUGGAAGAAAGUGAAAAGCAAUUGUCUCAAAACUUGCACUUGUACAUGA